AUGAAAAUUUCAAUUUCGAUUAUUCUUCUAUCAGUUCUUAUUCAUCUUUCCUCGCCUCUUGGAGAUCUUCCAGAGUCUGGAGACUUUGAAUCACCGGAAGCGCUGACGUCGUCUGAUGCUGCACCCGUUCUGAACUCUGGAGUCGUUGGUGGUGAAGAUGGUCCAACACCUCCAUCUGUGGUAGCUGCUCCACUGGAUCCACUACCAGAAAUGAGUAUUCCAGUCGCGAGACCUCCAGGCUUUCGUCCACCAACUUCAUUCAUUCCGAAGAAAGAUUCAGGAGAGAAUUCAGAACAUGUCAAUGUUGGUUUUGUCAUUCGUCGUGGCCGCGCAAAAGUGAUGGGAUUUUCGAGAAGGAAGUCAGAAUCUUCAGACUAA